AUGGAGGAAGUCUUUCAAUCUCUAACUGCAGGGAAGAUCCAUGAACUGCUAGUGUUUUGUGGGAUUGGUGACUGUAGCGAUGAACCCAUCAAACAGCAUAUCCUCGCCAUUUCCAGUUUUGUCCAUGAUCAAAGACUGCAGGUAGGACUUACAGAUCCACCGCCGAUACUUACACCCCGACACAGCCCGAUCCCUGACGCAGCGGCGAAUGAAAAGCGUGGGUCAUAUCGAUUCUUGUCGACAUCAGAUAAACGAAGCAGACCAGACUACACCGGGCUAGAUGGGCCAUCUACGAAGAAGAAAAGGAAACGCAAGGAUAAUUGUAAGGGUGGCCAUGUAGCGAAUGAUAAUACGCAGAAGGAAAAGGACGCUGUGGUAACUCAAGAAGGCGGUGCUCCUCUCCCGCAACCCUCGACGAGUGAGAAACUAGCGGAGGUUUCCCCCUGCCUCCAGCUUCAGGCGCUCUCCAACCAACCAGGCGUCCCCGUGAACAUCCAAGGGAUCGAAACGGUUCUGAACAGGGUGCCAGAUAGUAUCCUGGAGAAUAUACUCAUCAAUUGUGUGCGGUUGAACGAUCGGCUGGGAAGGUAUGGGCAACGAUCUGUACAGACAACUGUGACAACCAAGGUCAAGACUAUUCAAAGCUUCGUCGAUGAAAUUAUCCAGCUGGACUACUCCGAUGCCAUCCAAGCGAUCAAGCAAGAAAACGCCUUUUCAGCCAGCAAGAACAUCCAGACUCGGUACAACGAAACGGCCUAUUGGGAGAUCAUAGAGAAAGGUGCAGACCUCCUUGAUCCGAAGAGUCUGCCAACGCCGAAAGGGCCUCUUGAUGAGUUCACAAUUUCCGAGAAGGUUGCGACCGAGCGCUUCAUGAGAGAAGCGGGUUAUGGCCUCAGCCUUGCUAACCAGCGUCAGUACCGCCUUUUCUGGAAGAGGCUUUGCCAGAUGCGGAAAAUGGGCGUUGACAAGAUUCUCCUAUAUCGGACUAAGGAAUUUGACCGCUUUUGCAAGACCUAUCCGUCAGAAGACGGGGGGACGUCCCUGGUACAGAUGGUUCGACGCUGGGAAGACAUGUACGGUUUGCAGAUCAAACAGCUGGGAAGCCGGGUAACUCAAGAGAGUAUGGGUGAUCUCACGGGAUGA